CAUUACGUGUGAGUGUCAGGAGAGCAGCAGAAGUCCAAACAGAACCAGUCCAAACAUUAGCGCCAGAGCACCCGGAAGACAGCGCACAGGGCGCCGACACACUUAAGAAAUCGUUUAAUCAUGGCGCAGAUGUUCACUGUUUCUGACAAUGAGUCAGAGACUUCAGAAGACCAUGAGGACUCCCUCCAGACACAUAAAGAAUCACCGCAAAGAAAGCAGCACCUUACUGUUUCUGCCCGUCUGAAAGGGGAAAAACUGGUGAGACAAAGGAAUCUCUCGAUGAAUGAUGAGGACCUGCUAGAGACCGGAGCAGGAGAGGAAGGUGAAAUGUUUGGAGGUGAAGCUUUUAGGCGUCGAACCCACUCUGCUCCCCCUGCACUGUGGGCAGCUAAGAAAUACGGCCAGCAGCUGAGAAGAAUGAGUGAUGAGUUUGACAACCUUCUUGAUAAAGGGAUGAAGAGAGUGAAGAGUGCAGGAACAGCACGUCAGAUGCACCAGUCCCCCAGCUGGUUGACUUUCCUUUGGAGUCACAAAGAAUCUGAUGCUGAGUCGCGUCCCGCAGAGUGAUUGAAAGUGAACGUAUAAUGGACUACUGUACAUAACAACUGGUUGUACAAGAAAAGGACGCACUGCAUUGAAGAGAAGGAACAAUUCCAUUGACUGGAAACCUUUAUCAUGGACUGCACUGGUGGGACCCUUGACUAAAUGAAAAGUAUGAUCUGACUGGCAUGUGCCACAGAGAAUACUCAUAAUGGUGAUUCCACUUUGACUUAAACUCUGGGAAGAUUAUGCCGUAAAAUGUAUGACACUGAUAUCACCAUAUACAAAGCACAUACUUUCUGACACUUCUUUUUCAAACAGUUACAUCAAGAUGACAUAAAUAGUAAAACUUGUAAGGGCUAAAGCCCUUUUGUUUAAAAGGUAGAUUAACAAAAAGCUGAAAUAGUUUUUAACAAAGCACAUCAAAGUCCAAGAUGUUUUAUUUUUGCAUUCAAAGUGUUAACUGAAUUUUAACCAAUAUUUUUAGACAAUUGUCUGUACAGCAACAAUGAACUUGACAACAUCUACAACGGCACACACAGGGUAUAUUGUAAAAGGACUUUGACCACUUUGAGGGCCCUUUCGUUUUUUAUUGGAGUGAUAAUUAUUUGCAAUGGUCUACCAAAGCAAAAUGACUUGACACCAAAUCUACAUGAGCCCAUACAACAAGAAUGGAUUUAAAUACCCACAACUACAUAUUUUUGGGGUCUUAAUAUCCAAUAAAGCAAGAAUAGGAGCAUCAUCGUCACUGGUAUUACUUGAAAAUGACAAAAC